AUGAGCGAGGAGUCUCCCAACGAACCAGACUCUCUCACAAUUGUAGACGAACUGUCUCGGCUAUUGGUAGCAGCGGACCUGAAACCACCGUACCUUGUGGUGGGACAUUCCUGGGGCGGAAUUCUCGCCCGUGAGUUCAUCGCUGCCCAACCUAGUGAGGAUAUCUGUGGCCUGCUCCUGGUGGACCCAGUGCAGGAACGCAUGCUCUUUGAAGCAUGGCCUGACCCCAGCAUUGCGGCCGUUACAGAUGGACUGAACUAUAUGGAGGUGGAGCUUAUGGCGGAAGAGUCGAGUGAUAAGCACGCACGCCAGGCGGUUCGGGAGUUGCCGUAUCUACAGGUUAACCGGAGUAUAUUGGCGAAGAAGCAGCAAUUACUCCCUGGUCGGGAUUUGUUGAAUGGAAAGCCGGUCAGUGUACUCCGGGGCAACUCGAAACGUGAUCAUGAGCUUUUAUACAAGGCCGGCGUAGCCCAAGGGGGAGGUACUGAGGCUCAGCGAGCUAAGUUCGAGGGAUAUCUGGCGCAGUGGGAGGAGAGCGAAGAGUCUUUCCAGCGGGAGCUCCUAAAUCUGUCGAGUACGGCUCGCUUCUCCACGACGACAAGGAGUGGCCAUAAUACCCAGCUCACAGAACCAGAGCUAGUAGCCGACGAAAUCCGGUGGGUGCUACAGAGGACUUCGGCGUCGAUGGCUUGA